AUGCUUACCCAAGCCUCUUCUGCGGAGGAUCGAGCCUCAUUGACAUCACGAGUCAUUCCCGUAAUGACUUUAUCCGAGAGCUCCAAUCCUCUUACUCGCCCUCUUGAUCCUGUCCCAUUCACAUCCGCCCAAGAGCGUGCAGCAGCCCGAUUUCAGGUGAAUGGAAAGGCUGUCAUCACAGGCGGGGCUGGCGCUCUCGGCUUAAUCUCCGCACAAGCACUCCUCGAGCACGGUUUAUCGGCACUAUGUCUCAUGGAUCUCCCAGGAACAAUCGACACAUCCGACAAGCAAAUUCAAGAACUUGUGUCCAAGUUUCCCCACUCCAAAAUCAACAAGAUCCCUCUAGAUGUGACCUCUAUGGAAUCCAUCGAAGCCGCCUUUGAGCAGGCAAACAACUCCAUGGACGGAAUCGACAUUCUCUGUUGUUUCGCCGGAAUUCCUGGCUGCCAACCCUCUCUCACAGUGACACCAGCUCAAUUCAACAGAGUAAUAGAUGUGAACCUAAACGGAUCAUUCUUCUGCGCUCAGGCUGCCGCAAAGCGUAUGGAAGCCGCGGGAAAAGGCGGGUGUAUUUUGUUCACUGCUUCCAUGUCGGCUCACUACACCAAUUUCCCACAGCCACAGGCUGCAUACAAUGCAAGCAAGGCUGGAGUCGCGCAUUUGACUCGGAAUCUAUCUGCCGAGUGGGCGGUGCAUGGCAUCAGAGUUAACAGUAUCAGUCCUGGAUAUAUGGAUACUAUUCUCAAUGCUGGUGAUGGACUUGCGGAUAUUCGAAAGAUUUGGGAUAGUCGUUGUCCUAUGGGUCGGAUGGGUGAUCCUGAGGAGAUCACAGGGGCUGUUGUCCUUCUUUGCAGUCAGCGUGCUGGUCGCUAUAUCACAGGUGCUGAUAUCAUUAUCGAUGGCGGAACUUUAACCCUGUGA